UGGUAUGGAGGGGAGGGUACAAAGAGAGACAGUGAAAAAGGUCAAAGCUCAAUACCAUCUCUCAAACUGCUGAGCUAGCUGCACUGGGCUAGCCUUUGUGAACAAACUCCUGGCUCUCUCUUCUGCAAGAUGUCUAUGAAUCAGUUCAACAAUACACAUGUGCGUUACCCUCCGAUGAGGUCCAUCUCUUCCCCGACUGGUUCCUCCAUGCACAGUGCAAUGUCAGGGUACUCGGGGGAUCAAGUGGGCGGGGCUAUGACUCAUGACUCUUCUCCCCCCGUCACUGCCGCCAUGUUGCCAGGGACGAUGGCUCAGACCCCACCCCCUCCCGGCCACUCCAUGAUCAAGUCUGCAUCUGGAGGAAUGCUUUUCUCAAUGGCAAGUUCCCUGCCGAGCAGUGUGAGUGGGGGUGCCAUGGUGAUGGGGGCACUGGGCGUGACAGGGAAGUCCCCUGCCACCACAUCAACCAGUAAUAACAAUGGCAACAGUGGAGGGGACAAUCGAGAGCAGGUAUACACAUGGAUCCUAGAGUUGAGCAACCCUGACACGAGGGAGCAUGCUCUGAUAGAGCUGAGCAAGAAGAGAGAGGUACUCCCUGACCUGGCACCCAUGCUCUGGUACUCCUUUGGUACUCUGUCAGCACUCCUCCAGGAGAUUGUCAUGAUCUACCCAGUCAUCAACCCUCCCAGUCUCACUGCUCAGCAGUCCAACAGAGUGUGCAAUGCCCUGGCCCUCCUCCAGUGUGUGGCCUCACACCCUGAGACAAGGUCUGCUUUCUUGAAUGCCCAUAUUCCUCUCUUCUUGUACCCCUUUCUUCAUACUGUGAGCAAGUCUCGUCCAUUUGAGUACCUGAGGCUGACCAGUCUGGGCGUGGUGGGAGCCCUUGUCAAGACUGAUGAGCAAGAUGUGAUCAACUUCCUCCUCACCACUGAGAUCAUUCCCCUCUGUCUCAGGAUAAUGGAGUCCGGCUCUGAGCUCUCAAAGACAGUGGCCACCUUCAUACUGCAGAAGAUACUGCUGGAUGAGACUGGGCUCUCUUACAUCUGUCAGACCUUUGAGCGAUUCUCUCACGUUGCUACUGUCCUCGGUAAGAUGGUGCAGCAGUUAGCUAAGGAGCCGUCUGCACGUCUGCUGAAACAUGUAGUCAGGUGUUAUCUCCGUCUCUCGGAUAACCUCAGAGCUAGGGAGGCCCUGAGGAGCUGUCUACCUGACCAACUAAAGGAUACCACUUUCUCCAUUUCCCUAAAGGAUGACAGUACCACCAAGAAAUGGCUGGGACAGUUGCUACAGAAUAUCAACAUGGGCUCCCAGAUGCUACCCUCGAAUGAACAGCAAUUGCGAACUCCUGUUACCACUUGAUGUUGCAAAUUAUGUGAUUUACUCUUUUUUUGCAAAGUUAGUGUAAUGCACAAUUGGUUACCUGAUUAUGGUGUUGAAAUGACACUCAAAACAUG